AUGCUACUUACGCAGCUCCGGCACGACUACCUGCGGGGGCGCGCGCCCUCCCAGCGCCUGCCACCAACCAUCGGCCAAAACGUACUAGACGUACCGUAUCGCCGCACCAUACUGCACCUCUGGGACCUCGGUGGCUCGGCGGCCAUGCGCUCGCUAUGGGACCAGUAUCUGCCUGAUGCCCACGUGAUUGUAUGGGUGAUAGACGCGCCGCGCUGGGCGUCCGACACGGCGGUGGCUGAUGAACUGGGGCGUUCGUACCGUGCGGCAGUGUUCGAGUCAUUGUUCCCUGUCAUUGCAGAGGCUUCCGCGCGGGCGCAGCCCGUGUGUGUGGUUGUGACGCAACUAGACGAGCUAGCGUCUGACCGCGCUGCGCCGCUCGUGCGGGAGGUCGAGACGAGCGUCACCGCCGAGUGGACGCGUCGCCUAGACGAUACAAGUUUGGACGGCACACUCACACCCAUAUGGUCUUUCCAGGGCGCCCAGACCUUCGCCACCCAGGCCGGCUCCUAG